AUGGCGGCGGUGGCGGAGGAGAUGGUGGCAGUGGGGAAGGUGGCACCGGAGCUGGCGCGGUGGCGGAGCCGCUGUGCCGCCGUGGUGGCUCUGCGGGUGGCCUGCCUAUCAGCCUCCGUGCUCUCGCUGGCGCUGAUGGUGUCCUCGCAGCAGUCGGGCACACUCUCCGUGUACGGCUUCCAUCUCCCCGUCCACGCCAAGUGGUCCUUCUCCGAGUCCUUCGAGUAAGCCAGCCCCAGCCCCUUCCAUCCUUCCAUCGAUGGCUUCUCACUCACUACCUCUGAUAAGGGGGGGCAGAUACCUGGUGGCGGUGGUGGUGGUGGCGGCGGCACACUCGGUGGUUCAGGUGGUGGCGGUGGCGGCGAGGGGCCGGCCGUCGCGGCGGGGUGCGUGGCUAGUCUUCGCGGGGGACCAGGCGCUGGCGUAUGCCGUGAUGAGCGCCGGCUCGGCGGCGUCGGGGGUGACGAACCUGAACCGCACGGGCAUCCGGCACGCGGCGCUGCCGGAUUUCUGCCGGCCCCUGCGCCGUUUCUGCGUCACGGUGGCCGCCUCCAUCGCCUUCUCCUUCCUCGCCUGGCUGCUCCUCGCCGCCUCCGCCGUCCUCGACGUCCUCUCAAUCUGCAACGACGACGCCUGA